CCUAAGGAAUAUAUUUUUUGACACCUCAAAGAUCGAGCUUGGAUCUUGCAUGCCAGACAGCUGUACCGAGGAGGAGAUUUCUAGACUUGUUGGUGCCGGUUUGCACGUGCUGAAUGUCACUGACACCCUGUCAGCUGGGGUCACGGAGUGUCGGACAGACGAGAGGGAGGUCACGGCAGCCACAGUCACCGCCAUCGUCCUGCUGUCCGUGAUUGCCAUCACUGCCAUAUGCGGGACGCUCUACGACCUGGUUCACUUCCAAUACCCGGCCUGGAAACUUAACAGGGCCAACAUCCGGUUGCAAGAGGUACGUGACCGGCGGUCCCACGUGACCCAGGAACUGCAAAGGACGGAUAACUCCCCGCGGCGUGAGGCGUCCCGGAAGAGGCCGGCGCUGGACUACGACAGCUACGACGCCUUGGAGACGGAUUCUUCGGACGAGGAGACGGUGACCUUGGUGGAUCAGGCAUCCAAGAAACUGCCGGAGCCCUCUCAAGCGGCAUGGCAGAAGGUUCUGAUAGCUUUCUCUUUUUACACCAACGGUUCUAAACUUCUCAACACGACUCAGCCCCCGGGGUCACUGACCGCUGUCCACGGCAUCCGGUUCCUGAGUAUGUCCUGGGUCAUGCUGGGUCAUAUGUACACGUACGGUGUGGAGACAUUUGCCAACACACUGACGAAAUUCUCAGCUUUAUUGAGUACCUGGACAGCUGACGUCAUAGCCAACAGUUUCGUGUCUGUGGAUACCUUCUUCACGCUCAGUGGCAUCCUAGUCUCGUACCUGGUUGUGAAAGAUUACCUGGCUACCGGCAAGAAAGUCAACUGGGCAUGUUUUUACUUCCAUCGUCUUUGGCGGUUGACCCCGCCCUACAUGAUGAUUCUGGUGACGGUCCUCGGCUUGCAGAGGUUCAUGGGGUCCGGCGCCCUCUGGCGGACCCUCCAGCCCCCAGAUAAGGACAAGUGUGAGACCCAUUGGUGGUUGAAUCUUCUGUACGUCAACAAUUUGGUGAGGUCACGUGAAGAGUGUUUUGGCCAUUCCUGGUACCUGGCCAACGACAUGCAGUUCUACCUCAUCACGCCUGCUAUGCUACUUCCGCUUUUGAUAAACAGGUCUGUCGGUGUGGUGGUUUGUGUAACUCUACUCUUCGCCCACUGGACAGCUACGGCCACCUUGUCUGUGGUCAACGAAUGGCCCCCAGUGAUGCUGGGACUUGAUGUCCAUAUUCUGGAAACCUCGGCCCACUGGAUGGAACACUAUUACAUCGUACCGUGGUGUAGGAUAGGACCCUACAUCAUUGGAAUUUUUACUGGCUACGUUUUGGCCGUCUACGAGGGGAAGCUACACAUGAAUAAAAUGACGGUCCUGACGGGUUGGGUCUCAACUGUAGGGGCGGGGCUCGCAAUUGUGUACGGUCUACGUGGCGACAUCGGCGGGGAGGACCCGAGCGUCGUGGGGGUGGCAGCCCUGUAUAACGCCGUGGCCCGGUCGGCCUGGGGAGUCUGUGUGGCCUGGGUGGUGGUCGCCUGCUCCUCGGGUCAUGGAGGACCCGUGGACGCCAUCUUGUCUUGGCCGCCAUUGAUUCCACUGAGUCGCCUGACCUAUAUGGCCUACCUGGUCCACCCGUGUCUCAUGCGGGUGUACUACGGUAACCAGGACACGCCCUACCUGCUCAACGAUACAAACCUUGUGAUCUCCUACCUAGGUGUGUUGGUCUUCACCUACCUUCUCUCCUUCGUCCUGAACCUGGUUCUAGAAUCUCCGAUGAUUGGCUUGGAAAAAGCUUUCAUUCGUAGAUAGAGAAGUUUGUUGGAUUUUUUGUUUUACAUUUGUUGAGUUGUAUCCCUUGGCAUUGUUGUUGAAAAAUUAAAAAGGUCCAAAAAAAGCAAUAGAUGUAUUCUAUGUUGUUGUUAUGUAUUCUGUUUUUGAUGUGUUUAUCUGUUUCUGCAUGGGAUGU